AUGGCAACUAGUUUGAGAAGCACUUUGUUCUUAGUAACUAUGUUUUGCUGCUUGUUUGAGGAGUACUACUGCUUCGCCCAUAAUUACAACCACUUUAACUCGUCGUCUCAGCGGUCUCGCAUUGCCACCAAUUGGUACUAUGCCGGAGCUACCUGGUACGGCGGCCCUGAUGGGUUCGGAAGUGAUGGAGGGUCUUGUGGGUAUAGAGAUAUAGUUUCACGACCUCCAUUCUCUUCCAUGGUUACUGCAGUUGGCCCUUCUCUUUACCAAUCUGGCAAGGAAUGUGGAGCUUGCUUUCUGGUCAAAUGCACCAGACACAAAUCUUGUUCUGGCAAACCAGUGAGGGUGGUCAUCACAGAUUCUUGCCCGGGAUGUGUGUCUGAUUCUGCUCACUUCGACCUUAGUGGCUCUGCAUUUGGUGCCAUGGCACUUCCUGGUCAAGCCCAGAACCUCCGCAAUGCAGGAGUGUUGCAAAUCAAAUUUGCACGCGUGCCAUGUAAUUAUUUAGGAAAAACCAUCGAAUUUUACGUGGAUCAGGGCUCGAACCCGUACUACUUUGCUGUUGUGGUCCAAUAUGAAGAGGGAGAUGGUGAUCUUGGUUAUGUUGAGUUGAAGGACAGCAGCAACAAAGGGUGGCGUGCCAUGCAACGAUCAUGGGGUGCAGUGUGGAAACUUGAUGCAGGAUCGAAACUACAGCCUCCACUGUCAAUCAGAAUGAUUUCUCGACACUCAGGCCACGCCUUGGUAGCCAAAAAUGUGAUUCCAAAUGGGUGGCAGCCUGGUGCUACAUACAGAUCCUUGGUCAAUUAUCUUUGA